AUGAGGCGACAAUCCGGCGCUGGGAGGGAGCAAGGCUUCUCGGUCCUCGACCUGCUGAGCGGGUACUUUCAAGCUGCCAUCGACGAGUUGAACAUCCCCCUGACGGCUGUCUGCACUUCAUUCGGGUUGUUCGAAUGGACCCGGACUCCACAGGGAUGCUCCGGGAGCCCGGUGAACUGCCAGUCGCUGAUGGCUAAGGUGUGUGAUGGGUUGAAAAGGAUUCAAGUGUAUCUAGACGACGUGAUUGUGCCGUCCCUCACGGCCGCUGAGCACUUGGUGCAGUUGAAGGAGUUGUUGGUGCGGUUCACGGAGUUUGAACUCAAGCUGUCCCCCAAGAAGGCCCACAUCGGCUCGGCCGAGGUUACGUUUCUGGGGCAUUUGAUAACCCCUUUUGGCUUGCACCCCGAUCCUAAAAAGACAGACGCAAUGGCCAAGAUGAAAAUGCCCAAGACUAAGAGUGAAUUAAGGUCCAUGUUAGGUUCGGUGUCGUACCUUCGAAAAUUUCGCCCCAAUUUAGCGAGGAAUAUCACGGACCUGACCGCCCUUCUCCAGAAGGCCGCACACUUCAAGUUUACGGCACACCAUGAACAGCUGACCAAAGCGGUGUUGGCCCAGCUAACAAGUUACGAGGUGUUGGCUUUCCCCGACUAUGCCGCCGCCAUCGAUGGCACUCGUAAAUUUCGACUCACGACCGAUGCCAGUAUCUCUGGUUCUGGUGCGGUACUGGAACAACCGCGAGACGAUGGGACCGUCCGUCCUCUAGUGUACAUUAGUAGAUCGACCCUACCGAACGAAGCGAAUUGGGAUGUCAGCUCGCUGGAGUGUGGAGCGUUGGUGUGGGCCAUUAGGAAAUUGCGUGUUUAUUUAUAUGGCAUUCCAUUUGAAGCAUUCACCGACCACCAGCCGCUUCUAUCUUUUAUUUCUAUGGGUGAAAAGAAACCACGUGUUCAACACAUGUGUGAUUUCUUAACGGCGUACUCGUUCACCCUGUCCUAUCGCAAGGGCAAAGAUAACCAAGUUGCGGAUGCUUUGUCCCGUCUACCACAGCCGCCCACGGCAGACGAUUUUGACAAAUGCAAAUCGAUAGAGGACGGAGACCUCGAAGUUUGCUUUAUUGGGUCUAGCAGAAGAGCGACGCGGAAGCUAGGCUCCGACUCAGAUGCAUUCAUUGGUGGCCCGACCGAGAACCGUUAUAUGAGACCAGUAACGUUGUGUACCACGGAGGAGGUUGAGGCUCGUGAGUGGGCUGGCGUUCAGUCGGAGUUGACUAGGAUAUCUCUUCACCGUCCGAGCCCAUCGGUUCUAGCCAUUAACCCAUCGCCCUCCCGCCCUCCCCACUGCCCUAAUAGCCCGGUGUCUUCCGUCGGUCUGCAACCGUUCAGUGGACAGUAUCAGCCGGGGCUAAUACUCCAUGGGCAUCCGAUCGGCGCCACAGCAACCGAGAGGGACGUUGCGGGCCUCCUGGUGGAUGUAGGGGUGAUCACCAGGUCGUCGCGCCCAUCGACACGGUCCACCACGGCGGUGGCAGCGCGGAGGCCGCGUCGGGCGCGGGAUGUAGGGGUUGAGGAAUCGCCGACACUGGGGAGGGUGGCCACCGCCCACGGGGACGCGGCGUUGGCGCCGGCGGGGAGCCGCCCCUCCCGCCCGCAGGGAACACCGGCGGCGCGCACACCGGCGGCGAGGGAGAGGGGGGCACAUCCGUCGGCAGUGGGGUGCAAGCAACUGUCGCGGCACCCCCCCGCCCAGCGCAGGACGGCAACGGCGGCCGCGAGAGAGGAACGACCGCACGCCGACGACCCCGCCGCCGUUCCCACUACAACAGCCCCCGGCCAGCGAAGAACGGCAGCGGCGGCCGCGAGAGAGGCACAACAGCACGCCGACGACCCCGAGAGAGGCACAACAGCACGCCGACGACCCCGCCGCCGCCCCCACCUCAACAGCCCCUGGUCAGCAAAGGGCAGCAGCGGCGGCCGUGAGAACCGCGCGACAGCACGCAGACGACUCCGCAGACAAUCCCACCACGACACAGCCCGGCCAGCGGAGGACGGCCGCGGCGGCCGCAACAGAGGCAAGACGACACCCCAACGAUCCUGCAGCCGCCGCACCAACUGCGCGCCCCCCUCCAAGUCGCGGACGCCGUGCCAAGCUUCCAAAACCUCUAGACGUGCUCACCGCUGGCCUCUGGUGUCGUUACCGCUGCCUUCCCGGCCUGGGGAGAUGGUGGCUUUCGACAUCCUAGGUCCCUUGCCAAAAACUAAGCGGGGGAACAUGUAUAUUCUGUUGGUGGUCGAUCUUUUUAGCCGACAUGUCGAACCCUACGCGUUGACGAGUGAAGAGAAAACAGCACAGGGUUGUGCCACGAAGCUUGCGGAUGAUUGUGUCGUUCGAUGGGGUUGUCCGAAGUAUCUUUUGUCGGAUAGAGGAGCAGAGUUCACAGCUCGGGUAGCCAAGGAUGUAUACAGGAUGCUGGGGGCCAAGAAGCGGUUCACGAGUUCUUCUCAUCCGCACACCAACGGUUGUGUUGAACGUCUGAAUCACACCGUUUGUCAGAUGUUGUCUCACGUCGUCUGUUCUCAGCAGACGGAUUGGGAUGAAUACCUGUUGCAAGUCUGUUACUGCCACAACAACCACGUAAGCAAAGCCACUGGUCUAGCCGCUUCUGAGAUUCACAUAGGGAGGUACCCGCGGUUGCCGAUGACGAUACUGGGGCCUAGGAAUGAGAUCAGGGGGUGGCAGAGUACCAAGCAGGACCAGCUCGACUACUUGCAUUUGACUAAAGACCGACAGGCUAGGGCCUACCAACUAGUGGUGGAGAGUGACAGGCUAACGAAGGAGAAGCAUCGAGCCAACAACGAGCAGCUAGAUAACGCUAUCACCAAGCGACCAAAUUUCUCCGCUGGGGGGUGGGGGGGAGUACUCAACAGCGAAUAAAGGGCAAGUUGGCGAACAAGUGGGUGGGUCCUUUUAAGGUGUUGGGAGUGGGUCCGUGCAAGGUGGAGAAUCAUGUAUUACGGUGGAACACAAUAAUCAAGACCAAAUUGGGCACUUCGCGUUCUAUCUCAAAAAAUUAUUUUUUUCUGUCAAAAUGCUCUCUCCCGCGAAGUUGAUAGAAAAACACACACUCGUUUGCAACUUUUGCACGCAAUAAUUGAGCAACACACACUGGGUGGGUUCAACAGAAAGCCUAUUACAUCAGCUGUCGAAUGGCGCUGGUUUCAUGCCCAUCGAACAGUCACAGCACGAAGUGAACGGCGCCAAAAGCAGGCACUUCAUGGCAGCAAUUUUCAAGCGGGCAUAGACUUGUUGCGGUUCGGGAAAAUCAAAUUAGGUUCUAAUAUAGAACCUGACGCAAACUGCUCAACAUGGCGCGCACAACGC